CACAAGUUCCAUAUUUUUGAGUAAUUAAAUAAAUAUAAAAUAUGAAUAUGGCUUUAUAUAAAAACAAAAAACUUCAAAAACAAUUGCAGAGGAUAACGUAAACCGAACGAAGGGUUCAAAACUUGCGGUAGCUACAAUAAUCUCUCAAAAACCAGAGACCAUGAUUGCCCUGAAACCCAUUCAAACCUCCGUUACUUCUACAAACCAUGGUCGCAUCUACGCAGCAAAAGUAAACAAAUCAAAGAAUCGAAUCCUGCGCUUGAGCAAGUCAAAUGAUUCCGAAUCCGAAGCUUCACCACCCCCUGAAGGGGAUACUCGCAAGCAAGAGCUGCUCGCAAGGAUUGCCAUGCUUCAAGCUCAGAAAGUUCGUCUCACAGACUUCCUGGAUGAGAGGUCUGCUUAUCUAACGAAGUUUGGAGAAGAAGUCAAUGCAGAGUUCGACAAAAUUGGAGAAGAUGCCAUGAAAGGACUCGAUGAAGCCAGCUCCCGGAUAAUGGAGAAGAUCGAGGGCCAGAUGCAAGCUUUUGAGGAAUCUGCAGAACUAAACAGGGAGGAGAUUGAGACAAAUGCAAACAUGCUAGCCGAAUUUGAAGAGCAAAUUGAGGAGGAUCGAAAUGAAGGGCUGUUCUUUAAGAGUCUGAAGAAGAGUGCUCCUGUAGACAAAGCAAAGGUCGAGGAGGAAACUCAGAAGAUAAAAGAUGUUACUAAGACAAGUGCUGGUUCAAAGGCCAGGAGGAAUAUUUACCUUGCGUUAAUUUGCAUCCUAACUCUUGCCAUUGCUGAUUCUUUCAUAACUUCACCUGAUUGGAGAAAAGUUGCAAUACUUGGAGCAAUUUUGGUGGCUCUGCUCACUCAAUUCAGCUAUGAGCAGCAACUGUUAUCAGAAACAGAAAGCAAGGAACACGAAAGAACAGACAAAGAAAAACAGUGACGUCUUUCGUUCAACUUAAUACAUUUCUGUGCAUAAGUUUGGCCACUGCUGGUUCUUAUGAAUGUAGCAUGGUUAAUAAACCCAAGUGAAAGCUCACCACUUGAGCUUGAUACAUCAUGCUGCUUUGCUUUUGCAUCA